GCCUUUGUUGAUGUCACAUCCUGUUUCAAACAUCCAUCCCUGCUAGUAGCCCCUGCUUUCCAAUUCCUUUCCCUUUUUUUUUUAAUCCCUGUCCUCCCUCCAUCAGCCCCCCUUUUCAAGGCAAACUUUUGGCAAUUGCAGAGAUAAUCAUUUCGUGCUCCGUUGAAUUUCUCCUCGCCAAUGUCUUUCGAUCAGGGGAGCCAUUAAAUAAUAAUCAUCAUAAUAAUUUUUUUUAAAAAAAGCCAGAGAGAGGCAGAUCAGAGAGAAGAGGAGACACGGGGAGCUCACUAAAUAUGCAAAGGGAAGGCUGUGUUAAGCAGAUUUCUUGCAUUGCCUUCUCGGGGUAUUGAGAGAAUCAUAAUUAAAAAAAAAAAUUGAAGGACCCAAAAGCAAGCCAGGGGAGUCGGUGAUCAACGCAGCAACAGAAAAUAACCCAGGAGGAGAGGGGGAAAUCUGCAUGCCAGGUACCUGGAACUGUGCGCAAGAGAUGCAACCUACAAGCAAGCUUCUGAGUCUCUUCUUUCUUCUGCUGAUGGGCACAGAACUAACUCAAGUGUUGCCUACCAAUCCAGAGGAAAGCUGGCAGGUCUACAGCUCUGCCCAAGACAGCGAGGGACGGUGUAUAUGCACAGUGGUGGCUCCUCAACAGACGAUGUGCUCACGUGAUGCCAGGACAAAGCAGCUGAGGCAGCUCUUAGAAAAGGUGCAGAACAUGUCUCAGUCAAUAGAGGUAUUGGACAGGCGGACUCAAAGAGACUUACAAUAUGUAGAGAAGAUGGAGAACCAGAUGAAGGGGUUGGAAUCGAAAUUCAAGCAAGUGGAAGAGAGUCACAAACAACACCUGGCAAGACAGUUUAAGGCAAUAAAAGCGAAAAUGGAGGAACUUAGGCCUUUGAUACCAGUGUUGGAAGAGUACAAAGCCGAUGCAAAAUUGGUAUUGCAGUUUAAAGAGGAGGUCCAGAAUCUGACGUCAGUUCUAAACGAACUCCAGGAGGAGAUUGGCGCCUAUGACUACGAAGAGCUUCAGAACAGAGUGUCAAAUCUUGAAGAAAGGCUCCGUGCAUGCAUGCAAAAAUUAGCUUGUGGGAAGCUGACUGGAAUCAGUGACCCAGUCACAAUAAAAACCUCUGGAUCGAGGUUUGGAUCAUGGAUGACAGACCCUUUAGCUCCAGAAGGUGAAAACAAGGUCUGGUACAUGGAUAGCUACCACAACAACCGCUUUGUCCGCGAGUACAAAAGCAUGUCGGAUUUCAUGAAUACAGACAAUUUCACCUCUCACCGUCUCCCUCACCCCUGGUCUGGCACUGGCCAAGUGGUCUACAAUGGCUCGAUCUAUUUUAACAAAUACCAAAGCCACAUAAUCAUCAGGUUUGAUUUGAAAACAGAGAGCAUCCUCAAGACUCGCAGCCUGGAUUAUGCUGGUUACAACAACAUGUACCACUAUGCCUGGGGUGGCCAUUCUGACAUUGACCUCAUGGUGGAUGAAAAUGGCUUGUGGGCUGUUUAUGCUACCAAUCAAAAUGCGGGGAACAUUGUUAUUAGCAAGCUGGACCCCAACACCCUGCAGAGCCUGCAGACGUGGAACACCAGCUAUCCGAAACGCAGCGCUGGCGAAGCCUUUAUCAUCUGCGGCACGCUCUACGUCACCAACGGGUACUCAGGAGGAACCAAGGUGCACUAUGCUUACCAGACAAAUGCCUCCACUUACGAGUACAUUGACAUCCCAUUCCAAAACAAAUAUUCACACAUUUCCAUGUUAGACUACAACCCUAAGGACCGAGCCCUCUACGCUUGGAACAACGGGCAUCAGAUACUUUACAACGUCACCCUCUUCCAUGUCAUCAGGUCUGAUGAAUUGUAGUCCACUUUUGUCUAGAAACUAAUUUAAAA